CCACAAGAAAGAUGUCCGCCGGGGGAGAGCUGGUGGAGCGGAUGGUGGUUACGUCGGAGAUUGGCGGCUCCAACGCGGCCGCUGCUCCUUCCUCAACCACCUCCCCAACAGCAGCGAGCACAGCCACCGCUACUACAGUGACUGCGGGCGAAGGAGGCGGGGAUGAGGAGGAAGAGUGGCUGUAUGGGGAGGAAAAUGAAGCUGCUGGGCCGGAGGUUGACGAUGAAGAGGACAUGUCAAGCUCGCAUCCGCUACCUGUUGUUGAAGUGGAGACUACUGAGAAUGGUGUGGCCAAAGCGGAUAGGUCAUCAAUAUCAGACUGGCCGGGGUCCAUCUCCCCGCACCUCUACCGACCGGCUCAUGUGACCGAAACAGAAGAUGACAGUGAUAGCGAUAGUGAUGAUGACGACGACGACGUCCAUGUAACUAUAGGAGAUAUUAAAACAGGAGCUCCUCAGUAUGGGAGCUAUGGGACAACCCCAGUUAACCUGAAUAUUAAAACUGGAGGCAGAAUCUAUGGAUCUUCUGGAGGAAAAGUAAAGGGAGUGGAUUUGGAUGCCCCUGGCAGUAUUAAUGGAGUUCCUCUGGUGGAUGUGGACUUGGAUUCUUUUGAGGACAAACCUUGGAGAAAGCCAGGCGCUGAUCUCUCUGACUACUUCAAUUAUGGAUUCAACGAAGAUUCCUGGAAAGCCUACUGUGAAAAACAGAAGAGACUUCGGAUGGGUCUGGAAGCACUUCCAGUCUCAUCGUCAACGAAUAAAAUUACGGUACAGCAGGGAAGAACUGGAAAUUCUGAGAAAGACGGUGUCUUACAGACAACAAAACCAGAGUUCACGUCUCCAUCAUCUUUAUUUAAAUCUGGGGCACCACCUCCAAGUAGAAAGCUCUCGGGCACAAUUGACGUCAUUGGACAAACCACCACAAUAACUCGCGUGGAGGGCCGCCGACGAGGCGCUAAUGAAAGCAAUAUUCAGGUAGUCACAGAACAGUCUCCUUCAGAGGUGGAUAAUUUUAUCAAGCCACCACCACCUUUUUUCCCUCCUGGCGCACCCCCACCACACCUUCCACCACCGCCAUUAUUUCCACCACCUCCAAAUGUCAGCUCUGCCCCUCCUCUUAUACCUCCACCAGGAUCUGGAUUGCACUUAUCUUUCUCCAUGCAAAAACCAUCUAGAUAUGGAAUACCCAUAACAGUGCCACCACCAGGUUUCCCUCCUCCACAUGGCGGGCCGCCACCAUCUCUUAUACCGACAAUAGAAAGUGGACAUUCUUCUGGAUAUGACGGACGCUCCACACCGGCUUUCCCCUAUGGAAGUGUUUCCUUUCCACACAUGCCAGGGUCUGCCGGCCCAUGGUCCAGUCUUGUAGAGACUUCCAAGCCAUGGGACUACUAUCCUCGAAGGGAGAAGGACAGAGAUCGGGAAAGGGACCGGGAGAGAGAUAGAGAAAGGGACCGGGACAGAGAACGGGAAAGGGACAGAGAACGUGAACGUCCAAGAGAGAGAGAUCGAGAACGAGAGAGAGAGCGUGAUCACAGUCCCAGUGUUGGAGCUUACAACAGUGAAGAAGAAAGGUACAGGUACAAAGACUACGAGAGGACAGAGAGAACAGAGAGGACAGAGCGGAGCUACGAUCGGCACAGGGAGAGAAUUAGCAGAGAGAAGGAGGAGCGACAUAGAGAAAGGAGGCAUCGAGAGAAGGAAGAGUCCUCGCGGCAUAAAUCAUCGAGAAGCAGCAGCAGGCGCCGCCAUGACAGUGAAGAAGGUGACAGUCAUAGAAGACACAAACACAAAAAAUCCAAGCGGAGCAAAGAAGGCAAAGACACAGGAAGUGAACCUGCCCCAGAGCCAGAGAGUGUUGAGGCGUCUGCUGACUAAACCUGCGAAACACGUGCCCAGCAAAGAAACGACUACUCAUUUUACCAAAACUGAUUCACAGGACAGGAUGUCAUUGUUAGAAUUACAAGUAUUUCUCUUCAGCGUAUUAAAAUAUAAAUCUUAACAUUUGUUUGUUAGCAUGGCAUUGUUCACAAUUUCUUUUGUAUUUUUCUGGUUUCUGGGAAAAAUAAAGUGAUUUUUUUUUCA